GCAUGUGUGUGUUUUAUCGGACCGAAUGAAAAUGAUGCAAAGUGCGGCCGUCCUACCAACGGAGAGUCCAGUGAAGGGUCUACCGGACAUACUCGGGGUGCCAAUGCAACAGAUUCCCCAGUGCGCCGGCUGCAGUCAACACAUCCUUGAUAAGUUCAUUCUGAAGGUGCUGGAUCGGCAUUGGCACUCAAAAUGUCUUAAGUGCGCUGAUUGUCAAGCAUUGCUGGCAGACAAGUGUUUCUCGCGGGCGGGGAACGUAUACUGCAAAGAGGAUUUCUUUAAGCGUUUUGGAACAAAAUGUGCGUCGUGCCAACAAGGGAUUCCCCCAAAUCAGGUGGUACGAAAAGCCCAGGAUUUUGUGUAUCACCUGCACUGCUUUUCCUGUGUCAUGUGCAGCAGGCAGCUUGCCACAGGAGACGAGUUUUAUCUCAUGGAAGACGGCAGACUGGUGUGCAAGGAGGAUUAUGAGACGGCCAAACAGAACGAUGACUCAGAGGCAGGCGCAAAGCGUCCCAGAACCACAAUCACAGCUAAACAGCUGGAGACCCUUAAAAACGCGUAUAAAAACUCCCCUAAGCCAGCACGACAUGUCAGAGAGCAGCUUUCCUCCGAGACGGGUCUGGACAUGCGAGUGGUUCAGGUCUGGUUCCAGAACAGACGGGCGAAGGAGAAACGGCUGAAGAAAGACGCGGGUCGGCAUCGCUGGGGUCAGUUCUACAAAAGCGUCAAACGCAGCCGAGAUUCCAGCAAGACAGAGAAGGAGAGUUCGACAGAGGACGCCGGAUUAAGCGACAGUGAACUCUGUUUCAGAGAAGACCAGAUCCUCUCCGACCUUGGCCAUGCCAAUGGGCUGUAUGGAAGCGCGGGCGACGUAGCCAAUGGGAACGUGUUAAACGGAAGUUUCUCCCUGGAGGGGGCGGGACAGCCUUAUCAUGACUUGCGGGCGGGCAGCCCUUACGGCCUACCCCAGUCUCCUUCAUCUAUCGCCUCACUGCCUGGCCACACCCCCCUACUAAACAACCUCAGCUUCACCAUGGACGGCCUCAUGGCCCAGGGAGGGCAAGCCGGGGUUGGCCAGGCGCUGCGAGCCAUGGCUGGAGGCCCCACCUCUGACCUAUCGACAGGAAGUAGCACGGGCUACCCUGACUUUCCCACCAGUCCUGCUUCCUGGCUGGAUGAGAUGGAACAUUCCCAGUUCUGA